CGCUACACAAGCUCAACCAACCGCCGCCUACACAUUAUGCAUCUCCGCGCUCCGGAGAUGUGUCAAACGACAUGAUUGCUUCUCUCGCAUUUUGUGUGAUUGAUUUCGCAUCAACAAAAUCUAUGGCUGCCCCUCGCGCCGCUGUCCCAUCUUCGCUCACGCCAGGUUGAGGUUGAAGCUUCAAGAUGGCAGCGAUCAAUGGAAUGAGCGAUUCAGAGCACUUCUCGCCAUACAGGGCAGAUGGCAAACUUUACGGCUUUGUGUGUGUGGUGACCGGUGCCACUCAACCUGUUGGGAAGGCGAUCGUUGCUGAACUUGCUGCGCACGGCGCAGCAUGCAUAUAUGCCUGCUCUUCCUUACCCGAUGAACCCUACGCCGAACUUGCCUCCAGCAUCAACUCGCAAUACCCGAACACCAAGGUCAUUGGGUAUCCUUACAAGAUCACUUCUGAAGAAGAUACUCUGGCACUCAUCGACGAUGUACUGAACUCCUGGGGACGCCUUGACAUCUGGACGUCCUCAACCGGACUUCUCGGUCCACCGUCUAUCACCACUACUGGCCCGAGAGAUCUCUACGCCGCGUUCGAGACAAAUGCUAUGCCUGCGUUCUUUGCUCUCAAGUACGCACCAGCCGCAAUGCAGAAGACCACACCCAAGGGAAGCUAUCCCAACGCUGCGCCGAAAGAUGCUCCAUACGGAUCCAUUAUAGUGGUCACUUCCGUGGCCGGCACUUAUGGCGGAUGCUGGGCCCCAGCAUUUACUAUGGCGUCUCACGCCGCACUGGGUGUAGUCAAGUCUGGCGUGACGGUCCUCAAAGGUACAGGUGUUCGUAUCAACGCUAUUACGGCUGGACAAAUCGACGUUGGCGUGGACCUCAAGGGCAGUGGGUUGAAAGAGAUGGAGAGUGGGCAGUUUCCGCCGGCUGCGUUGCAGGACAAGGAAGUUCAGAAGAGGACUAUCGGGCUUGAGAGGGCUGGCAGACCUGAAGAGGUCGCGCGAGUAGCUGGUUUCCUGGCCAGUGGAUUUAGCAGCUACAUCACGGGCGCGGAGAUGAGAGUUGAUGGAGGUGCUGGUGUCAUGAACCCGCUGACUGUGCCUGUGUAGUCAAAUCUUAAGGACGCAAUGAGAAUCAUGAUAAGACUUCGAGAGCCAAAAGGUUACUUACUGUAUAGUUAUAGCAGACCUGAGGGUAGCAUGCGGGAUGUACAAGAGUUCAGCCGCAAAGACCUGCGAUGUGAAUGACGGAGAUGUGCAGAUGGCAAGCAGCUGUACAAUAUAUAGGUUUCAAACGGAAUGCAACGCACACGAAUCCACGAGUCUUCAGUAACCAGCGCUGUUUCUCUGUACCCUCCCCAUUAUUGAGAGUUCGCCGGC